UACAUAAUCUUUGCACAUUUUUCAGAGCACAGAGGCUGUUAAUCAGAGCUAUAGAGGAUAUGACCUACCCUCGCAAAACUCACAGAAAGGAGAGAACUGCAGCUAAUGAGAAGCAGAGAGAGGUGAGAAUCGUCAGCACCUGUCAGCAGAGCAGAAACCCUCUGUGGGUCAGUGUGGAAGACGACAACAGCACAUUACUGGACAGUUAUGGUUGUGUGCAGAGCAGAUGUGUGACUCUGAUGCCUUACACCCUGGUCACACCUCAGUUCCCUCCCAUCUGUCGCCCAGUCCUCCUCCUUCCCACAAUCUUUGGCCAUGUCUUGCACAAACGGUUGGCAGAACAGGAAGGUUAUCAGCUCUGUGAGCCAGAAUUGCUGAUGGCAAGUGAGCAUACCGUAAAAAUGCAGAAGGGGGAAAUUCUUGAAGAAUGUGACUCGAAAACACACCGUUGCUAUACACUGCAGGGAGUGGAGAAGAUCAUGAAACGGGGCACUCACUGUGUGUUACCGCUGGGUUUGGACUGUGUGCGUCGUCUCCACCGAGCGGAAAUCUUCCCCAUCAUUGUCUUCAUCAUGUCUACAGAGAGAAGUCUCCGCAAAUUGAGACACAAACUACGGCAGAACUCUGUGACUGAGUCUCAGGUGCUGGAGUGUUCCUCCAAUGAGGAGCCCCUUCUGGAUAAACUACCCUGCCUUUAUCGAAGCAUUCCACCAGAAAGCUGGAAUGACAGUGCCAGCCUAGUGGACACCGUGAAAACUGUAGUGAGAGAGGAGCAGAAUAAUAUUGUGUGGGUUGAGGCAGAUCCCUGGUGAGGGACUAACGGGACUAAAUUCAAAUUUCCCUCACUACAGGCAACUAACUAUUAGUAUUAAGGUCAAUUUAUAAUUCUGCUUCAAACCUAUGCUAUAGACCCUGUGUAGGUGGUUACGGUGUAGUUUGUUUACUUUCCAGAAAUGCUGUGAUUGGUCAGUUUUAUAACCAGUCAGAACUUCCCUCAGGAUGAUGAAAAAAAGUGCAUCCAUGGAUAAUGAGCCUGAUUGCUUGAUGGUUUUAAUGAAAGCAGUGAGGCUGAUCAAAACACAGCAUGAUAGUCAGAGAUGAUAAGCCACAAAUUAAUAGUGAUCCAAAAUAAUAAUUUGUAUAUUUGUUUAUCCCUACACUGUUAGACCUUACCAGUUUUUUACAGUAAAAUACUGGCAACAGGCCAAGUUCUGACACUAUCAUACCAUGUUUUCAUUAAACAGUAAUAUACCGUAGAAAACAAAAGUAGCCUACAGGAAUAUACUGUGAAUUAACAGCUCUCAAAGUCGACACUCAGAGACUGUGUUCAUAAUCACACCCUAUACCCUCAUUCACUAUUCCCUACAUUAGUUCACUAAUAUAGUCCACUUGAAUGAAAACAAGUGAGUGAAUUGAGACAC